AUGCAGUCGCCCGUAUACUCGAUGGCGCGCGGGCCGCUGCUGCAGCUGCUGCUCAUCCAGACGCAGUACAUGCGGCGCGAGCUCGUGCAGAUGGGCGCGAUGGACACCCUCAUGGCACAAAACUCGCUCACCGCGACGAUGUCGGCGAUGCUGCCGGGCGCCGUAGCCCUCGCGCACCGUCGACGCAGUACCCCACCAACCCGGUACCCGAAUCCAGUGACGACGCUCGCGCCGCCGCUCUCGCGCCUCUCUGCUCAAGCAGGCGCGGCACAGAGCCGCUGCCCCUCAGUGCGGCUCGUGCUGCGCGAUACGGAGCGGCUCCUCCUCCGCUCGCUCGCCGCCGGCGCAGAGGUGCUGUCCGAGGUCGACCUCGGCCUGCUCGUCAUCUCGCUGCACGCGAUGCGCCAGAAGGUGCGGCGGCACCGCGUCCUCCUCUCGGCCGGAGAGCGGCAGCUCCUCUUCGAGGACUGCGCCGACCUCGAGUCGGACACCUUCGACGUGCACCACAAGAUGCUCAUCCUGCAGCGGAUGUACCGGACGCAGCCCGCGCUGCUCCUCAAGGCGGGGCCGCCCGGCGCCCCCCGCCGCAUGAGGCAGGAGCUCGGCUUCGGCAUCGAGCACGACUCGGCCGCGUACACGGACUUUGGCGACGCACGCCGCUCGCGCAGCAGCAGGCAGGCGCGUGCUCUGGGUGCGCACGGCGCGGUUGAGGGGUGA